CACGCCCUCAAUCAUAGCGCACGUAUGAGUCAGCAAAUGCUUCAUGGGACGGCUUCAUGGCUGGUGGAAGUAAGAUUUGUUACAUCAGCACGUGUGAAAGAUGAUCUAGUGGUGAUGCAUAGAGGAGAGAGACAGUUAUCAUUGGACAAGAGGUCUUGUGCAACUUUGCUCACAAACAGGAUUAGAUGUAAAGCGACUUGCGGGAGCAGUGCAACAACUUUACGUCUGCCCUGAACACAAAGAUGGCGUCUACUUUUUUGCCUGCGUUGGGGCGUAUUGCUGUGUGUGGUGGUACCCACGGAAAUGAGCUUUCGGGGGUGUACCUGGUGCGAGAGAUGGAACGAAAGAGGAAACAGAAGGGGGACAGUCUGUGGCCCGUUCCUGUCACAACAGUAGAAGCAAACCCACGGGCCGUGAAAGAGUGCAGGAGAUACAUCGAGACAGACAUGAACCGCUGCUUCAGCAGCGCAGUAUUGAGCUCCGCUAUUACGGACAACACCCCGUACGAGGUCCGGCGGGCUCACGAACUGAACGCUCUUUUGGGGCCGAAAGAUUCUGCAGAUGCCAUUGACCUAAUCUGUGACCUCCAUAACACCACUUCAAACAUGGGUCUGACCCUCAUCCUUUACACAAAAGAUUGGAUGGCCUUGCACAUCUGCAAACACUUACAGACAAAGAUAACCAGAGUGCCUGUGAGAGUUGUGAUGCUGGAUGUUCCCAUUAGUGCUGCAUAUUCGUUGGAAUCUGUGUCCAAACGUGGCUUUACGAUAGAGGCCGGGCCGCAGCCGCACGGGGUCAUCAGGGCCGACAUUUAUGAGGCAAUGAAAGAGGGCGUUGAUGUCACAAUGGACUGGAUCAAAAAAUUUAACUCUGGUACAGUAUUUGAAGGCGGGGAUGUUGAAGUCUUCACCCUUCAUAAAAGCAUUGAUUAUCCCAGAGAUCCUGAGACACGGGAGCUUACCGCAGCCAUUCACCCUCAGUUGCAGGACAGAGACUUCAGUCUCCUAAAGAAAGGUGACCCCGUGUUUUUGUCUUUUUCUGGAGAGACUGUGAAAUAUGAGGAAGAAGAAACGCUUCACCCUUUCUUUAUUAACGAAUGUGCUUACUACGAAAAAGGAAUCGCCUUUCAUUUGGCAAGAAAGACGUUGAUUUCGAUUCCAACUGUGCAAGUACAGAAAGACUGAACGAAAUCUACAAGACUGUAAUCAAAGUCUAUGCAAAUCAAAGCAAAAUGAUGUUUCCAGUGAUUUCUGAAGAAAUCAGAUGAUGUAAAUAUUAUUAAAAAAAUUGCAUAACAUUUUAAAAUAAAUAUUUUUAAAUUA